GGCUAGAUUUUGAUACGCGCUCCCCAGGCUAGGGUUUAGCGUUCUGGCGCGCAUUCCCUUUGCUAGGGUUGGUCUUCCAGGCGCGAGGCUAUGGUGGCUGCUGCUGGCAUUGCUGGGGGCCGCUCGAAUCGCCUCCAUUCGGUGGCCAGGCGAGAGAGAUCUCGGCCUCGAGCGAGUAGCCGCAUCGCCGUGGAGAGCGACGAGGAAGACGAUGGCGUGCACGGCGGGCGAAUGAAGCCACUGGCGAGCUGCUGCGUCAAUACUGUCAACACCGCGGCAAGAAAGCCUCUCGCGCCACUGUCUGAAGGCGGUAGCAGUAUGGAUUUGCUGUUCCUGGCGCUGGAGUCUUGCUCCAGCGGCGAGAAGUCGAAUGUAGCAAGGGAUCAAAGUAGAGAAGGAGAAGAAGAUGACAACAAGGGCCAUGACAAGGAGAAUUCUUUCCCUUUGGCGCAAAUUAGUUCUAGGAAGAGGAAACCGGAGGAUAACAACUAUGUUUCUGCGGCCGCUGUGACACCAUUGUUCGCAAGCGCAGCCGUGAGUGUAGCAUCUCGCUGGCUGGAGCUUCUCCACCUCGACUUGAAGGGACGGCUAGCUGCCUUGAAAAGGAGCAGGAGAAAUGUUCGCGGCGUCAUUGUUUCCGGUCACAUCGGACGGGACGGUCAAUGGAUGCAAAUGUUUAUGAACAUGGACGCUACUCUUGCGGCAGAGGGCUCCAACCUGGAAAACACCAUUAGGAAAGUCCAAGAGAUGCAAAGACACUGCGUCGCUCCACCCGACGAGAAUUUUGACGUAGAGAAGUUUGCCGGUCGCGUCCAUCACUUCUCGCAACAGCUGAGCGCUCCUCCGCCUGUUCUAAGCAGUGAGUCUCAGAUCAACCGGACAGUCACUCUGGCUGCCAGUGCCGGCGCAAUUUGCUCCACCGCAAGCUUCGCGCUGAAAGAGAGCUGAAAUUCUCUGGGACAACGUUUCCUUGGAUUUGUUCCAUCAAUCUCAUAAAUGUGUUAUAGUAAGUUAUCGAUUCGAUUGUUC